UCCCCCCCUGGGCCCCCGGCCCGCGGCUCUUGGUAGAGCCCAGUGCUUCAUUUCCCGUGCGCGGCCUGGCCGGCCCUCCCUUUCCUCAGGCAUCCCGUGUCCGCCGAUUCCUCCUCCCUGGUCGCCGCGUCCUUGGCUGGCGUGAGGCCAAAGCAAAGUAAGUACCCACCUGUCCUCAUGCCCCAUUCCCCUUCAUUUGACCAGGGAACCCCCAGCCAUCACUGUACCCAAGGGAACCCCAACACCACCUGUGCAUGACCCAGCCUGCCCAGAGGGGCUGCGGUUUCCCAUCUGUAAAGUGGAGGAAUUGGGUUUUCUGGAUGGGGCAGCAGCAGGUGGGCACCCUGUGUGGCCCUAAGCAGGGUCCUGGCCUGGGCUGGCAGGUCAGCACCCGACACGCUGCUCCCUGUGGGGAAGUGGUGGCAGUGCCAGGUCUCGGUAGGAGCCUGAGAAGUGGCUUCCCCUCGCUGAGUGGCAGCUUCUGCCCGGAGCCCCCAAGAACAUAGUCUGAGGCCACCUUGGCCAGUAAAGUCUGGUAGGGCAUUGGCACUGGGGGCCAGCUCAGUGGCACUGCUGAUGGGACCUGCACUGCUCCGUGGGAUCAGAGAGACUGGCAGGGGUCUACCGCACGAUGUCACAAUGCCCUGUCUCCUGGGCUCUUGCUCCCACCUCCAACCCCCAACCCCCAACCCCUGCCUCUGCCCAUCAGCCUGGUCUUGAUGAGGAGCGGGAAGGCCUCCUGCACCCUGGAGACCGUGUGGGAAGACAAGCACAAGUAUGAGGAGGCCGAGCGGCGCUUCUACGAGCACGAGGCCAUGCAGGCGGCCGCCUCCGCCCAGCAGCUGCCAGCCGAGGGGCCAGCUAUGAAUGGGCCCGGCCAGGACGACCCUGAGGACACUGAUGAGGCAGAGGCCCCUGACGGCAGCAGCAGGAGUGAUCCCAGGAAGAGCCAGGACGGCAGGAAGCCCCUGCAGAAAAAGAGAAAGCGCUCCCCCAAGAGUGGGCUCGGCCCGGCGGCCCCGGCCCUCCUGGGGCUCUCGGCUGAACCCGUGUGGCUGGACAAGAGUGGUCUCGGCCCGGCGGCCCCGGCCCUCCUGGGGCUCUCGGCCGAACGCGUGUGGCUGGACAAGUCACUUUUCGACCAGGCAGAGAGUUCCUACCGCCAGAAGCUGGCAGACGUGGCUGCCCAGGCAGCCCAGCCUCCUGCCUUGGCCCCUUGGGGUCCCUGCACCCAUGGAAGCCAGGUGGCCUGCCACCACGUGACCUGGGGGACCUGGGUCAACAAGUCCUCCUUCGACCAGGCUGAGCGGGCCUUUGUGGAGUGGUCUCAGUCCCUGUUGCUGGCUCCCGAGGGUGGCCACAGGCAGGGGACUCCUGACACGGGCCAGCAGGCGGCCGUCCCCAACCCGGCCCACCAGCCCAGCCCACCGGUCAAUGGCCAGCCCCCACUGGGCAGCCUGCAGGCACUGGUCCGGGAGGUGUGGCUGGAGAAGCCCCGGUAUGAUGCAGCCGAGAGGGGCUUCUACGAGGCCCUGUUUGACGGCCAUCCCCCGGGGAAGGUGCGCCUGCAAGAGCGAGCUGGCCUGGCCGAGGGUGCCCGGAGGGGCCGCAGAGACCGGCGGGGCCGCCACGUCUUAGGGAACAAGCGGGCUGGGCCGCGGUGGGCCGACGGGGAGGCCCCCUCUGCCUUGCCCUAUUGUUACUUCCUGCAGAAGGAUGCAGAGGCCCCCUGGCUCAGCAAGCCUGCCUACGACAGCGCUGAGUGCCGCCACCAUGUUGCCGAGGCCCUGCGCAUGGCCUGGUGCCUCGAAGCUGCCUCCCUGUCUCACCGACCCGGUCCUCGGUCUGGCCUGUCCGUGUCCAGCCUGAGACCCAACAGAAAAAUGGCUACAAACUUCCUAGUACAUGAGAAGAUCUGGUUUGACAAGUUCAAAUAUGACGAUGCAGAAAGGAGAUUCUACGAGCAGAUGAACGGGCCUGUGGCCGGUGCCUCCCGCCAGGAGAAUGGCGCCAGCGUGAUCCUUCGUGACAUUGCGAGAGCCAGAGAGAACAUCCAGAAAUCCCUGGCCGGAACCUCAGGCCCCGGGGCCUCCAGCGGCCCCAGCGGAGACCACAGCGAGCUUGUCGUCCGGAUCGCCAGUCUGGAAGUGGAGAACCAGAGCCUGCGUGGCGUGGUACAGGAGCUGCAGCAGGCCAUCUCCAAGCUGGAGGCCCGGCUGAACGUGCUGGAGAAGAGCUCGCCUGGCCACCGGGCCACGGCCCCACAGACCCAGCACGUGUCUCCCAUGCGCCAAGUGGAGCCCCCGGCCAAGAAGCCAGCCACACCAGCAGAGGAUGACGAGGAUGAUGACAUUGACCUGUUUGGCAGCGACAAUGAGGAGGAGGACAAGGAGGCGGCACAGCUGCGGGAGGAGCGGCUGCGGCAGUACGCGGAGAAGAAGGCCAAGAAGCCUGCACUGGUGGCCAAGUCCUCCAUCCUGCUGGAUGUCAAGCCUUGGGACGAUGAGACGGACAUGGCCCAGCUGGAGGCCUGUGUGCGAUCUAUCCAGCUGGACGGGCUGGUCUGGGGGGCCUCCAAGCUGGUGCCCGUGGGCUACGGUAUCCGGAAGCUACAGAUUCAGUGUGUGGUAGAGGACGACAAGGUGGGGACAGACUUGCUGGAGGAGGAGAUCACCAAGUUUGAGGAGCACGUGCAGAGUGUCGAUAUCGCAGCUUUCAACAAGAUCUGAAGCCUGAGUGUGUGCGCGCGCGUGCCUGAGGCCCUGCCACGAUUAAAGACUGAGACCGGC